UGAAGAGUCCCUCCUUCAUGUAUCUACACGCUUGAACUGAACUUGAUCAGACUAAAACGGUGCGACACUGCACAGCAUGGACUCGUACGCCGUCUGUCUUGCGACGCCUGAGCAGGAUGCAGAAGCGCGCAAGAGGGAAUCGGUAGAAUGGGGCGUCGGGAUGACGCUGGAGCAGUUUUCCGAAAGGGAAGACAUGCUCGACUCGCAGCCAUUUGCGAGGAAUGGCGAUGGGGGUAGACGAAGAUGGGUCCUUGUCCCCAAAGGGGACGAGGAAACGCUAGACUUUCUCGCCGCGUGCGAAACUUAUCGCAGAAAGAUUAUGAUUAGGCACCCCGAGAAUGAGAUUCCAGUUACGGCCAUCAGCUACUCUAUUGCGUCCGUCUUUGUACCGGCCCAGAAACGCCGCAAGGGCUAUGCUGCAAUGCUCAUGAAGCUGCUGCAUGGACAAAUACAACCUGCGUCUCCCCCCUCUAUUGGAAUUGUCGAGGAAACAGGUCGAUAUGGAAAAGACGGUAUUCUUUCGUUCUUAUUCAGCGAUGUUGGAAAAUUCUAUGAGCCUCUAGGGUGGCAUGUAAACAAGGCGGACCAGCUAGAGUGGGGUAUGCAGGCCAUUAUAUCGGCCAAAGCUCCAUCCACCACAGCCGUCACAGAAGCCGAUAUACCGGCCUUGGCAACGGCCGACGAGUCUGUCCUGCGGCAAGAGAUAGCACAACCAGCGCCGCGCCACCUCGGCGGACCGCAAGCGGUGCGCUUCACCCUGUCCGAUCCGCAGGGCCUCGCGUGGCGGUGGAGCAUCGCGCGGAGCAAGUUCUACGCUUCCCGCGCGGGGCGAUCGCCGACAGUCUGGGGCGCGCGGGUCGAAGGGCUCAGCAACGCAUUUGCAGUCUGGGCGUACAACUAUCAGCCGAAUACGCUGGAGCUCAUCUUCCUGCGCCUGCGUUUCAGCAGCAGGGAAGAGCUGCUGGCGCUCGUCGCUGCGGCGCGUGCGGCUGCUUCGAAAGAGGGCCUCAAGCGCAUCGUUGCCUGGAACGUUGACCUCGUUGCAGCAGGCGUUGCAGAUGCAGAGAAUCCGACCGUGGCAGAUGCAGAGCGUCUAACGAGCGAAUUGGCCGGCGCAAACUUGGUCACGAGGACGAGCAAAUCUUUGCCCUGUAUCGCAUGGUACGGCGCGGAGCACGGCGGCAAGGUGGAUUGGAUAGCGUGCGAGAAAGGGUGGUGGUGCUGAGUGAUGGCGUGCGCGCUCUUUCCAGUUCCAAUGUGAACGACAUUUGGCACAUUAGAUGUUAAUGAAUCACGGACUUUCGUCCGUUCCAAUUUGAUCCAUGCUAUCCAGCUGUAUCUACCCAUCUAUCCUAGCAUG